AUGAUCAUUAGUGCCCACAAUUACAUUCAGCGGAUAUGGGUACACUAGAGCAAGUUAAUGCUGCUCAAGAAUAUAGUUGGAGAACUCAUCCAAACUUAUCUUGGAAAACCCAAACAAUUGCUUGAACACACUAGCUGCAUUUGUAAAUUUUUCCUCAUCCCAACCAGUAGCUGCACCUCCCUAUUAUCUGACAAGUUAGAAGCAUCCAUAUUUGUAUCGACCACCUCAUAACUACUUAGAUGGAUUUAGGCCAACAUUUCAAUCAUUAAGAAAUGCCCAAUUUAACCAACAUUCCUGUUGGUCCAAAUUUGAAUCAACAAAGGAUAAAUAUGGACCCAUCAUAGUCUGAUUCAUCUAUUGUAAUGCUGCAACAAAUGAUGAAUUAGAUGAUGCAAACGAUGCAACAUCAACUUUAGGAAAUAAACACUAGUUCAAACAAACUCAAAUAAAAAUGCACACAACCUAUUGCAAAUGUGGCAGAAAAUUGGUCAGGUACAACACCAGCAUCAGCAAAAUAUACAUAAAUUAGAAAAAGAGAUAGGAAAAUUAACAAUCGUUAACCCCUAGAAGAGAAGUAGGACAACAACCUAGCCAACCCAUUAGUAAUCCUCAUAAUCAAUCAAUUAAUUUUGCAGGGCAGCAAGCUUCAACAUCUCAACAUUUUGAGAAUAUGGAAGCUGUGACCACUUUGAGGAAUGGAAAAGUCCUCAAAGAUUCAUUUGAAGGGAGUGUUGACACCUAUCCCAUACUAAAUCCUGAGGAUGAUUGCAACAGCCUAUUCUCAAAUGGGGAAGGGAAAUUGGGACACUAAGGCCUAAGGGAUCAAUGGGCCUUGAGAAAUCAGAAAUAGCUGACCCAAAAGGGCAAGCUAAAGUGCUGCCAUUUCUUAAAGCACUCAAGCUUGCUGUGCACUUAUCAUUGUGUUUAAAUACACACUAUCUAAUAAUAUUUAUAACUAAGACUUAAUAAAAUACUAGUGUAGAAAUAAGUCUUAGGUUGAACACAAGGAAAUUGACUAAAUGGUUAUGAAAACUAAUUUAAUUUAUAUAUAAAGUGAUUUAAAUAUUUUAUUAAUAUUUAACAAAAAUAAUAAAAUAGAAGGGUGAGGUGAGAAGAAUAAUGAAAGGAAAGCAGAGAAAAGGGAGGAAAAGAGAGAGAGAGAGUUCUCACGAGAGAGAGAAGGGAUGAGAUCUCUCGUGGAAGGGAGAGAAAGAGAGAGGAGGAGAGAGAGCUCUCACGAGAGAGAGAAGGGAUGAGAUCUCUCGUGGAAGGGAGAGAAAGAGAGAGGAGGAGAGAGAGCUCUCACGAGAAGAGAAAGGAUGAAAUUUCUUGUGAAAGGACGGGAAAGAGAGUGGAGGAGAGAAAGGGAGAUCGAUUGAGAGAGAGAAAGAGAAGGAGAUCAAUCGAGAGAAAGGGAGAGAUCUCACGAGAGAUGGAGAGAGAAGAGAGGUCUCACGAGAGAGGGAGAGAGAGAAAUAAGAUGAAAAUAAAAAAAGUGAGAAAUACGGUCAACCCAUUUUCUCAAACGAAUGUGUGCUUGAGGAUUCACACAUAUGAUAUGAGGUCAGCUGUGAAUGUUUCCUGCUUAUUUUAACUAUUGAUUGCUUGUUAAUCAGCCUUUAAUCUUAUUAAUUUUGCAUUCGAAAAUAAAAAAAUACUCAUUAUUCAUGGAAUGCCAAGAACAUGAAUACAUUGAGAUUUGACUACAAAAAUCAAUAGAAAAUAAGUUGAAAACAAUCUUAGCUUGAUCUCAAACAAAUCUUGGAGGAUUCAAAAGAAGAAUGAAGAUCAUUUAUCAAGUUUUGAAUUAGUUCUAAACAUUUUAUUCAAAAUGUACAUGAAAAGGAAAGAACUUGCCUUAAAAUGUAAAUAAAUGACAAAAGUAGGUAAAUAAAUGUUAAAGUUAGUAAAUAAAUCAUUGUCCAAGUUUAAUCUACCUCUUGGGCAAUUGGAGACACUAGUGUGGUGGUUUGAUUUUGUCCGAUCGUGCCACACCAUGUCGGAAGUCAUAGAAGUAUUGUUCGAAAGCACUAUGCUACUUGCUAGAGAGAUCUACUGAACAAAGGUCGACAAUGCUAUCACCAUUGUUUGGGGGGAGAAGGGAAGAGCUGACAACUCACUGAAGGUCUUGAGUGCAGUUAGGGGAGGAAGGGACAAGCUUGUUGAUCAUCGGAGAUAUUGAUUGCACAAGAGGAGGGAAGAAUGGAUUCCAUAUUCCAUAUUCAUGAUUAUCGUCGGAAUUUUAAAGAUAAUCAAUAAUAUCUAUUUUACUAGACAUUAAUUAAUUAUUAUCUUUAUAUCCCUAAUGGUGAUAUGUGUGAAAACUUAAGUUCUAGUAUACUGAUGCUUUGCUAGCCACUAGAUCAAAUGAGCUUGGUCACCUGGUGCUCUGAGCAAUGUACGAUCAACCCGCUACAAAUCACUAUUCAUCAAGAACUUAAGUUCUAGUACCAUGACACCUCCAUAGCCAUCGGAUCAGCCUUUAAGGCCAUGUGUGCGUUGAGUAGUGUUGGAUUUGCAAACUGCCAAUGGAUCCAUUAUGCAUCUAGUGGUGGUUUGCCAACUACAAGAUCAGGCUAAUCAGAUGAUGUGGCUCUCUAUGUACUACUAGAUCACACUACACUCUAGAUGACUGUAUUGAAAUAGAUGAAAACAUUUAGUCCCAUAUUAGAAAUAUUUCGAAACAUAUGUUGAAUAUAAACUAUACCUACGGUCUCUAAAUAGAGAUCCCUUCUCUUGAAAUAAAAUAAUGCCCAAGACCAGCUUGGGAGAAGGCAAUCAGGUGGUCCACCCUCGUGCAUGCAUGUGUGUAUAGGCACUCUUUGCCCCAUGACUAGUUGGCCACUAGAAUGUGGAAGGGGAGCAACACACAUGCACAGAACAAGGCCUUCGCCACUUGAGCCUAGCUCAUGGCUCCCUUGGUCUAGGUCUACCUGCUCGAUUGUUGUCCCCCCCCCCCUCCAAGUUAGUUGUCAAGUGCUAGCUUGCCUAUAAGUAGAAGAAUUUUAUUAUUUUUUUAUUUUAAUAAUAAAAAAUUAUGCUAAGUAUUCUAACUUCAAACUUUUAAAAUUAAUAAUAUAUCUCAUAUUUAUUUUACAAGUUAAAAAAAUAAAAUGAAAUAAUAAAAAUAAUUAAAACACAUAAAUCUAGCUUUGAUAGAGCCCAAAUUGAUAGUGAGAGUAGAAUCUGAUGAGGAGUUAAUGAAAAUAUUUCAACAGGUUCAGAUCACGAUCCAUUAAUUUGAUAAAAGUACUUGAGACAUUCGUAAACCAAAUGACAUAACUAACUAUUCAUAAAGGCCUUCUCUAUCCUUGAAUGUUGUUUUUUCUUGUCUUGAGGUUUUAUAUGCACUUGAUGAUACCCACAUUUAAGAUUAAUCUUAUAAAAAAUAGUUGUUCCAAUCAUCAAAUCUAACAUGUCAUCAAGAUGGGGAAUGAAAAACUAGUAUCUAAUGGUAAUCUUAUUGAUGACUCGGUUGUCUACGCACAUCCUCCAACUGACAUCCUUCUUGGGUGUUAAUAAUACUAACACAACACAUGGACGAAGACUAUCUCUAAUAAAUCUUUUCCUCAAAAAAGCUCCAUAAUAGGUCAUUUUAAUUCUUCAUACUCAAUAUGAUUAAGUUUAUAACAAGGUAGGUUUGAUAAUGUUGCUCAUGAAACUAAAUCAAUCACAUAUUAUAUAUCAUGCAAAGGAGGUAGUUGAUCAAAAAUCUUGCUAGAAAUACAUCUUUAAAAUGAGUAAGUUUGUGGCAUCUGUAGAUACCUCUGAUUGAGGUUUAUUUUCAAAGUUCUAACUAAGACAAUCCAAAAUGAUGACCAUGAUGUGAUAUCUCACUACAACAUACGUGUGUUAAUGAAGUUUAAAUCCUUCACAUCUAGUGACUCCCUAGAAUCAGUGCGUGGAGAUUGAAAAGGUUGAAAAAUAAUAUUCUUUCCUUUGUAGAUGAAAGAACUUGUGUUAAGUCUCUCAUGUUGUGUGACAUCCCUAUCAUAUAGCCAUAGACUUCCCAAAUAUGAGACUACCUACUUCCAUGGGUAAAAACAUCACACCAAUUUUGAUCUUUGUAAGAAUUAAUCUUGGGGGGUACAAGGCAUCUUUUUUGAACUGAAAUAAAAGAUGAAUCUACCCAAGAUACCUUCUAUAGAUUAGGAUGGUCAACUAGAAUGAGCCCAAAAUGUGAGAGUUUUAGUGGAAAUUACAUUGAUACAACUGCAAGUAUCUAUAAUAAUCUUACAAACUUUUCCCCUAAUUUUGACAAAAGUAUGAGAAACAGAAGUCCUACGAAUAUCUUCCUCUAUUUUUGAUUGAUCUAGUAUGUGUCUCAUAACCUCUAUAUGUUGACCAGUGAAGUGGUUGACUUGUCCUACAAGAUGCUCAUUCCCUUGAAAUUUUUGAGCACGAUCAAUAUCGCCAUGAUAUUCUUGUUCUUCUAAUAGAUCAAAUGUAUCAGUUAUAUCUUCAUAUAGUAUGGGGUUCAUAUCAUAUUCUUCUACAUGAAGAGUACGAGUGGGACAUUAAUAAGCACAAUGCCUAAAUCCCUGACAUCUAUAACACUUAUCUCAAAAAGUACUACCUAGUGGAGAGUAUUUUAUCACUCCCUUUAUCUUCUCAUUUUGGAGAUGACUUAAUCUUAGGACCCUGUGGUUGAGCUGUAAUGGGUACAUGUGCUGUAGAAAAUUGAGAAUUUUCAACUCAAGUGUUCACUUAGUUGUUUCUAUUUGGAGCAUUAUGAGAAAGUGAUUUUCUUGUAGGGUAGCUUGGGUUUUGUUGUAGUAAAUUGAGGUUUAUGGAACCCCAUGAGCUAAUUGAUAUGCUUGUUCUAUUGUAUCAAUCGGACAAAGAGAGAACCCCCUUUGGAUCUCUUCCCUUAACCCAGACCUAAACUUGGAUAAUGUCAUUUUCUUUUCCUCUUUAACCCCACAUCGCAUGAGAAGUUCAUCAAAUUAUGAGAUAUAUUUAGAUACUAGUCUAUUACCUUGUGUUAACAUGCCACCAAUGAUCUAGUAAUUUGGAUCUAUAUAUAAUAGGGAGGUAUUUCUUUUUAGGUUUGUUCUUCAUUUCAGUCCAUUAUCAAUCAGUUAGUGUCUCCUCUUAAGAAAUAAUGAUUCUACAUUACUCCAAUAAUUUCUCACACAUCCGAUGAAUUUCAUUUGAGCAAAUCGAACCUUUAUUUCUUCACUUAUUUUGUACCACUUAAAAUAAUAGUCCAUAUCAGCUUUCCCAAUCAAGAUAUACCCUUGAGUCUAAAGAUCCAUAAAAAUAUGGGGCAUCCACUCUUAAAUUUUUAUAAGUUGCUUCCCAAGGUUUGUAUGGUUCUCAUGGCACUUCAUCAUUCCUAUCUCGUUUUGAAGGUAUGCCAUUUCUCUUUUCUUGGCACUCAAUAGACAGUCGCAUCCACAUGGUCUCUCAUUUCACUUUCUUAUACUGAUCAUAUUCUGUUAUGGAUUUAUUUCCUUGUCUCAUGUUGACAAUCCUCAUUCAUAAUCCAAAUAUUAGUUAUCCAUCCAUUGUUCUUGAGUCGGUCUUGUGAAGACUCUCCCGGGUAUCCUUUGCUGAUGCGAGAUGCACGCAAGCCCUAAUUUCGGUGACCAUUCUACCCAACAACCAUCUAAUGAUCCAAGAAUCUAAUCGAUCCCGUGUUGUAAACACAUGAUGUACUGGUUAGGACCCUAUGAUCAGUACGUGGUCAAGCAUUCCUCUUUUUUUCAAUUCUAAGUUAAUAUAUUAAUCCCAACCAAAGCAGCUGUUCCCAUCUAAUUUUUCUAUUUGUGUGACAUUAGGUAGCUCUAUGACUGCAUUAAGUUCAUUGUCCCCUCCGACCCGCUGACACGUUGAGAUAGGAGUGAGCUCUGACGUCGGAAUAUUCUACCGUAGGGUGGAAAUGUUCAAAUAAAAUAUUACCGCACCAGACAUGGGAAAGACUCUGAUGUCUGUGCCAGAAAUCUGACUAAGAGAAGUCUUGUACGUUUUUCAGACAGAAGAAAGGGUCAUUCCGCAAGGGCGAUGACUAGAUAACAACCAGACAACAAGAUAAAGGAUCAAAUGUCUACGGAAUAGUAGCUCAAGCAGCGAUGGAAUAAAAUCGUGAACAUGUCAGAAUCGAAAACGAUGGAGAGAGAUGCUUCGGACGGAGUCUUCAUAGAUUAUGACAUAAAAUUAGAAGGCCUGCUAGCAAGGAGCAAUCAGACUUGUGGAGACACAGCCAGAAGCUUUAUUACACUGCUACGAUGUCAUUUUGCGGAGAAGAGACGGCGCUGGUCGAAGAGAGGGUUCGGGGAUCUUCUUUUCUUCGAAUCGUUCGGCCGAGUUCUAAUCAGAUACCUUUUAAAGGUUCGAAUAGGCCGCUACACGUUGGGCCGGUUCAACUUGAGUGUAGAAGGAAACAUAGAAACGUAAAACAUCGUCCGAUGACGGAUACAGAUAGAAAGAAGCCUCCCGAUUUCUUGUAGGACUACAGCUUACGUCCUCACCUUACUUCUAUGGGUAGAUAAUGAUCCUUUCCGUCUCUGGGUUUCCCGUUUAGGGGGGUCGCCGGCGGCAGCUCUGGUGGCGCCUCCCGCCGCCCCGCCGUCAUCUUCUUCAGCUCCAGGUGGAGUCUCCCGGGUUUAUCUACGUGGGUAGGUUCAGUUGGUCCAGAGCCGGAUGUGGAGGCCUCGGGGGGCUUCUACUCUUGGAAACAGGACUAUUUCGUCCCCUCCGGUCUCCUCCCACCUGCCAUUUCAGAGCUUACUUCUCACUGUGGAAGGGGAGAGAGAGAGAGCAGGAAGAGUAGCCCUUUCUUUACCUAUAUCUGGUCAAGAAGUAGUAAAGGAACAGGGAUGUCUCAACCAUGGCCAGCUCCUUCCCCAGGCAGAGCCUCCCCCCGCAGCCGAAUGCCAUGAAGUAUGGGUGAUUCUCCAGGCUCCUGUCCUGGAGGGGGGCCACAGCAGGGUUCAGUAGAGAGAGAGAGGGAGAGAGAGAGAGAGAGAGAGAGAGAGAGAGAGAGGGGGAGUCACCUUCCAUCUCCAGGGGUCGAAGCAGAGCGACAUCGGGUACCUCAGGGAGUCGUAGUUGCUCUCUCUGACGUAGACCAGGAUUCUCCACCCCUUGGGGAUGACGAACCCUACGAAGAGUCAGUCCGGGCCGUUCGUCAGAUGUCCCUCCUCUCUGAUUAGCGGAGGGGGGGAACCCUAAUUCGGGACUCACCAUUGAUGGGGAUGUCCUUGGUCGUCUUCCUCAUAACCCCGUUGACUAUGGUGGCCAACCGCAUCGUCUCCAGGAUCACCUUCAGCCGCCCACGCGGAUUAGGGUUUCUGAGGAGGAAGAACAUGGUGGAGGAGGAGGAGGAAGGUGCUUGCUAACCGCACGAGUGAAGCUCAUGGACGUGUAGUCCUCCCAGGUCAACGCCUCAUCCGGCGACGAUUUCCGCCGUCCGAUCUCCGAAUACUCGUUCUACACAAAGAGUGAGAAAGAGAGAGAGAGCGAGAGAGAGAGGUCAUUAAGUUGGUCGUUGAAGAAGAGGAUUAGAGAUUUUACCCGAAGUUCUUGGAGGGCGGAUGGGUGGUCGUGGAGAUACUUGACCACCAUCGUCACCGUGGAGGAGACGGCCUCAAAGCCGGUGUACAUGAUGGUGACGAGCAAAUCAAUCGUCUGGUCGUCGGUGAGCUUGGGCCUCGUCCGGUGGACCUCUUGCUCUUCUUGUCGUUCUUCCUCCCGGAGAAGGAAACUGAGUAUAUCACCGCCGCCCUUCGGGGCGGAAGGGCUCCUCCUCUCCUCAAUCAGGUCCCUUAACAGGCUGGUGAUCCUCUUCCUCGCCUGGAGAGUGAGGCCGUCAGAGUGGCCGGAGGAGGAGGAGGAGGAGGACGACGACGAGGACAGCGGCGGAGGGAGAAGGAGAGAGAGCUUGCCUGGAGUCCGCGGCGGUAGGCGGUGCCGGGGAGAUUGACGGGGAGAGAGAGGGUCCCCCGAAGGAGCGUGAAGAACUCCGCCUUGAGCUCCGCCGCCGUUUCGCCGGUCUCAGUCCCGGAGAUCAGCUUGAGCGUUGACGAGAGGAGCAUCUGGAAACGAAAGACACGCCGCAGGUCAAAAAUCUCGCCCCGAACGGCGGCGGAGGGAUCCUGCUUAAUCUCCAAACUGACCUCUCUGGCCUUCUCCUGGACGUCCAGAGUGGCGCCCCCGCCGCCCCAGCUGUGGAGGCGGGAUCCGAUGAACUCGUCUAACGUGGGGAAGAGCCGGUCUCUCACGGCGGCGGGGCCGAUCACAGACAUCAGCGCGCCCCUCACAACGCGAUGGACGGGGCCGUGGACCGCCGAAACAUUCCCCUCCCCGAGAAUCACGGCCAUGGCCCGCGGGUACCCCGGAACGAGCCCCUUGCCCUCGUUCAUGAGGAUCCACCUGUUGACUUCCAGAUCCGUGGACACAACGGUGGGGCUGCCCAGCAGAUGGGACGUGAACAAGCUCCCAUACCUGCAAACAUUUCCGAUCACCGCCAGCCAGGUUUUGCUUGCUCUCGCCGCCGCAACGGCCAUUAUUUACAGAGGAGAGGAGAUCCCUCACCUGGCUCUCUGCUUCUUCAUGAAGUCGGGACCCCGCCGGAGAAACUCGAUCGUCUCGCCGACGACCGGCCAGCCCAUCGUCCCCGGAGGGAGGCCCCUCCGCCAGUGCCUCAGCUCAUUCCACCUCAUGAACAAGCUGCACAAGACACAGAGGAAACCCACCGCUACCCCCAGCGUCACAAGGUGUUCCAUUGCCCCUUUGCGCUCUUACAACGCUUAGAAGAAGGAAGAGUGACUAAUGCGGCGGCGGGAGGAGUGAGAGCAGCUCGAACGGGAGGGGGAUAUCUGUAGAAGAAAAGUUGAAUUAUAAUUUUAUAGAAGUUCUUAUUUAUGACUUAUGAUUCUUGACUACCAAUCAGGAUCAAGGUACUCGGUCAGCUUGGACUCGCAAGGGUUUUUGACAUUAAGGGUCGUUUUGGCCCUUAUGUUCUACGUGUGCAGACAACGUUAUCUGCCCGUGAUCUUGUGCACAGUAAAAGUCUAUAUUUGCCUGCGUAGAAGUCCAUGUAUCCCUACGAGAGAGAGACUAUUAAAACUUUGGCGUGGUCAUGGAUAUCAAUCGAACUGUUGACUAGGGGCUUUGAAAUUGACGGUAGUUUCGGCCCUUAUGUUUUACGGUGCGUGAUGAGAGACCAACCUUACCACAUCUUCAGCCAUGGUGGGCACUCGUGGUCCUCGCGCGUGCGCAGGCAGACGACAUUAUCUCCCUGUGAUCCUGUGUACACUAAAAGUCUAUAUUUACAUGCAUGAAAUUCUGUGUAUCUGAUGUGGGACAAGAUAAUGUUAGACUAAUUUAACUUAGGACAAAAAACUAUGCAUGACUCUCACAAAUGACUUAAGAGAUCUAGAGGGAUUGAAUAAGCUCGGUCCGAGUAUUCCCACAAGAAUUGAAAAGGAUUGGGUUGACACAAUUAACGAAUCGCUAGAGAUUAGGGUGCUCCUACAGUCAAUAAAUUGAAUUGUGCGGAUCAUGUGGGUUCUCUCUCUUACUAUGUCCACCAACUAUAUAUUCAGGGACCUAUCUAGGAUCACACCAUGACAAUAUUGCAAAAGAAUAUACUAAAAAAAAAAAUAACUCAUAAUGGAAAGAUAAAGAGUUAAAAAAUAACCCUGGUGCUGAAGUAAACGUCAGCUUGAUGAUGGAUUGUGCAUUGAAGCUAGACGUUGCUUGGCAGAGGGUUAACUGUCCUCGUCGUUGAUCAAUAGCUGCGGUUCAGUCCUGGAAUUCACGUUACAGUGAACCGGGACUUAAGCUUAACCGGCGGGCGAGAAUAAAGAAAGGAAAACAUGACUGAGUUGUGCAGGGUGGAGGAAGCGAAGGGAUGCGGGGAAGGAUGGAAUGGACAGAGGCGGAGGUUGGACUGAUGGUGGUGAUGACAAGAGGUGGGCUGCGGUCGGUGGAGAGGAAGAUGUAGGCAUUAGAUGCAGAGAUGAUGAUGAUGACGUCGGAUGGUGUUGGCGGAAGUUAGAAAUGGUGAAAGUGAAACGGUGAUAGUGUGGCGGAGAAAAGGAAGGUAUAGCGGUGGUGAUGAUGAUAGAGGAAAGUGUGGGCGAAGAAGGAUGGAUGUGGUGGUGCUGGAUGGGUUCCUCACGGCAUCUCCUUCACAGAACGAGCAUACGCGACCUUCACGGUGGCCCCUUCACGGAGUGGUGAUGCACGAUUUUCACAGCCUCUCUUCACGUAGUAAAACAGACGAGUCUAAAAAAUUCUUCUCUACCACGUACUAAGAUCAUGAGAGUUUAUAUAGGGUUCAAAAACAACACAAAAGACAACAUUAAUAAUAACAAAAAUGACUCCUAAAUGUGCUCCAGCCGUUGUGCUGUUGACGUGGUCGCAAGCGCCAUCUCCUGUGCUCCUCACCAACUCCGUCGAGUGUGCAGUGAACCCAUCCUGAUAAAGCUGGAGAAGAUUGGGAGCAAUUUGUCGUAGCUCCUCCUGUCAAAUCCAUGAAUCAUCUGAUGGCAGAUGUCCUUUCGUGCGUACAAGGAAUCCCUGAAAGUUUCCUUUUCCAUUAUAGAUAAUUUCUUCAUCCAGUAUGUCGCCUAUUUACUCAAAGUUCGCUCACAAAGGAUGGACCAGGCUCAAAUGGAUCACUAGGAAUAGUUGGUGGACCUUGAUACACAACUAAAUCAGAGAUAUUGAGAAUAGAGCUAAUUCCUCAAUCAAUUGGCAAGUCAAUAACAUAUGUAUUAAUUCCAAUCCGUUUCAAAAUUGUGAAAGGUCCUGCAUGUAAUUCCGUAAUAGUGCCCGACAGAAUCUUCUUUAAGAAGUACAGGAAAUGAGAAUACAGGAUAGCGUUAUAAUUUACUUAUAUUUAUAGUGUCCAUGAAAUUUCACACUACAGAAAUGAGAAUAAAAGAAAGUUUUUAAACAGAUUGGCACGUAACGGCCAUUACAAAUAGAAGGAACGGUAAAAGAACUGCUGCUGUUAAAGAAAUAGCAACAGAUGAUGAAAUGCUCUUUAUGGAGAGCGUUAUCACGCUGAAAGGAAGCACCAUUAACAAAUCUCCACCUUGAUUCAUUCAACGAAUAAUUCAAUCAGACUCAGACAAUUUUAAAAAAUUUAUAACAGAAGAGGCUUUGUCAUCAUGUCUGCUGGGUUGUCAUGUGUAAUAAUCUUCAUGAUAGAGAUAUCUCCCUUCAAGAACACAUCUCAUACGAAGUGAUAACGUACAUCUAUGUAUUUCAUUCUUUCAUGGAACACGAUCUUUUGAAAGAUGGAUGGCACUCUGACUAUCACAGAACAGAUUAACUGAAAGUUUUUAUGAGCAGAUUUCAUCGAAAAAACCUUUCAGCUAGAUUCCCUCCUUUACUACCUCUGUAAUGGCCAUAUAUUCAGCUUCAAUGGUAGAUAAUGCUGUAAUUGAUUGUAGAGUUGCCUUCCACGAAAUUGCACAUUCACCUAAAGUGAAAAUAUAACCUGUAAGAGAUCUCUUAUCGAGAUCUCCUGGAUAAUCAGAAUCUACAUAGCCAAAGACUUUGAAGAUUGAUUUUCCAAAAUGCAGGCACAUAUCAGAAGUUCUGUGUAGGUAUCUGAGAAUCCACUGGACUGCUUUCCAGUGAUCUUUCCCCGGAUUUGCCAUGAAACGGCACACUCGUAGCUUGUGAGAUAUCAAGGCGCGUGCAAAUCAUCACAUACAUGAGUGAUCCAACUGUCGAUGAAUAGGGGACUUUAGGCAUAUAUUCUUUUUCCGAUUCUAUCUGCGGAAUUAAAGAAGACGAAAGUUUAAAAUGGGUGGCAAGAGAAGUGGUAACUGGUUUUACCUUCUCCAUAUUUAAUCUACAUAGAAUUUUUGCGAUGUACCCCCUUUGGCUCAAGGAUAUUAUACCACUUACUCAAUCUCUACUGAUUUCCAUGCCCAAAUGUUUUUUAGCUGCCCCGAGAUCUUUCAUCUGAAAUUCUUGACUGAGUUGAAAUUUGAUUUCAUUGAUGAAUUCAAUAUUCUUUGCUACAAUCAGAAUGUCAUUGACGUGACUCAGUCGUUGUAUGUUAAAUCACGCAAAUAUAAAAUUUAUAAAACUAGAAAAUACGAAUUUUCGGAUAUUUAGAAGUAUUUCUAAAUAAAUAUAUCAAUUAUAAUUCAAUAAAAAUUCCAAAAAUAGCGAUAAUUUUCCAGGUCGAUCACAGGGAUGUAAUAUAAAAUCUGGUAAUUAUUCAGAAUUUUUCUCAAUGAGUACGAUUUUCUUACGAAUUUUAUACUAGGAAAUAAAAAGGAAAUGUAUUUAAAAUUCACGAAAAAAAAGGAAAUAAGGGUGCGGACGUCAGGAUGACGUCAGCGCCCGGCGAACGCGAAUCAGGCGGAAACACAGUUCCGCCCGGCGAUUCUUACGUAGGCGAUUACAGACGACUCAAUUAAUCAAAUUAAGAUCUGUAAAAGCCGGAAGAAUCGUAGUUGAACGAAGUAUAGUUUGGUAAAUAAAAAUCAACAAAGUAUCACUAAAUGAAGCGUAAAUUAAAUUGAAAGCAGGAAAACAGAGUUCUGGCGUCGCGACGGCAAUGCGUCGGCGAUGCACCGGAAUCCUGAGCGUUCGGGAGGAUCGUCGUGCAGUGUCCACAGCCUCGAAGGCUCUCCUUAGACAAAGACGACGUGGGAAAUCUCUAGAUAAAGCAGGAAAACAGAGUUCCGGCGUCGCGACGGCGACGCGUCGGCGAUGCACCGGAAUCCUGAGCGUUCGGGAGGGUCGUCGUGCAGUGUCCACGGCCUCGAAGGCUCUCCUUGGACAAAGACGACGUGGGCAAUCUCUAGAUCUUCUCGCGAAGUCUAGAGACCAAUGAAGUGGGUCGUCGAAUCGUCUCCGGCGGCUGUCACCCGGCGGAGCGGAAAAACGGCGACUUUGCGGCUCUCCGGCGGCUGUCACCCGACGGAGAGGGGCUGGAUGGAGGUGAGGCGCGUGUUAGGGAGCUUCAUCCUCAGGUCCGCGCAGCAAGAGGAGGCUCUUCAUCGCAUCUGGUACGCUCUCAGGAGGUGGCGACUGGUCUCCCGGCGGAUCGUCCUCUUCCCGACGACGGCUUGUUCGUCGAUCAAUCGGAGAUGAUUUACUCGAUGGAUUGCAAUCCUUUUAUCGCGAAUCGUUCAGAAAUUUUAGUAGCAAUGCUCCGCGAAUCGCGUUGACGAGAUUUUCGCCGAUGAUCCAGCGAUUCCGGUUGCUUAAUCCUUCACCGGCGAUCUGCAGGAAAGUCGCGAUAAUCAGUUAAAAAUAUAUGAAUUUUGACUCUGGGAGGAUUCGAACCCGCGGCGGUCGCCCGCGCCUUACAAGGUGGAUUUAGUCCCACAUCGGUUGUGCGCGGAUUAUUCGGGCGAAUAUAUAGUAAAGUUAGCUUUCUAGGCAAAGUCCUCUCGCGUGUACGACCACUCCUUGCCCCACAGCCGGCUGACACCGGUGACGUGGAAGGGGAGUGGCGCACACGUGCCCCUAUCGAUCUAAGCAAGCCGCUCGAGCCCCUGCUCGCGGCUACUCCCCGACUGCGCUUCCGACCCGCUUGCGGGCCCGGCUGGCCGGCGGAUCCCCCCAUUUUGCAAUAUUUUUAUUUUUAUUUCUUGUUCUUCAUUUAUCUCAAAACUAAGACUGUAAAAAUCGUAUAAAAUCACAUAAUUACCCAAAAAUUCACGUUAAUCAACUGAAAACCACUUUUCAUGCUUUAACACAAAUAUAAGUCUAUUUAUCAUGAGUUAAGGCUAAAACUAUAUUAUUUACUAAUUAUUAACUCAUGAUAAUGAAGACUUAUCAGUCAUCAACAUAUAGUAACAAAUAUGUAAAUGAGCUCUCAAUCUUCUUGAAGUAAAUGCAACAGUCGUACUUGCUUCGGGUAAAUCUAAGAGUAAUAAUAUAUGAAUCAAAUAUUAUUACUUCUGGCUGUUCCAUGUAGAUUUCUUCCUCAAGUUCUCCAUGAAGGAAAAAUGUCUUUGCAUCCAUUUUCUCAAGCUCAUGGUCCUAGUGGGCAAUAAGACCAAGUAUAGCACAAAUAAAGCUAUGCUUGACUACAAGAGAAAAUCCCUCUAUGUAGCCAAUCCCAUGGAUUUAACUAAAUCCCUUUGUGACAAGCCAAGCCUUAAAUCAUGAGUCUUCAACUCUCAGUAUGCCUUCCUUCUGCCUGAAGACCCAUUUGCAACGAAUAGGUCACUUGGUUCAUGGGAGCUUCACUAAGUCCCAUGUUUGAUUCUUUUGAAGGGACUCAAUUUCUUCUCACAUAGCUAGAGUUCAAUUUAUUGAAUCACUCGAGUGAAUGGCUUCAUUCUAUGAGCUUGGUUUACUUGAGCUAUUGACAUCCUUUGCAACAGAUAACACAUAACCAAUGCAAUCUACUUGAGCAUACUAGGCUGGUGGAUGAAUUUCUCUACAACAUCUAUCUCUUGUUAUGGAGUAAUUCUAAUCCUCACUUUGGCCUUCAAUAGUACUAGGUACCACCAAAGAUGUAG